AUGCCCCGAAUGUGGGAAAUGUACCUUCAAUUUCUCACCAAACAACCAGCCAUCACUCUCGUUAGGCGAACUUUUGACCGCGCCCUAAGGGCGCUACCACUCACCCAACAUAACCGAAUUUGGGCCUUGUAUGUGCCCUUCUCAAAUGCUGCGUCGGGCGACACUGCAGUCAAAGUUUGGCGGCGAUAUGUUCAGGUGCAUCCUGAAGAGGUGGAGAAUUUCAUUGAACUUCUCAUCCAAUCGGGUUCGUACACCGAAGCUGCAAUAAGCUAUGUCAACCUUCUGAACAAUGUCCGAUUCACGAGCAAGGCUGGGAAGGGCCACUACGAGAUAUGGAGUGCAAUGGUCGAUCUUAUUGUACACCAUGCCCCAGAGAUAGAAGCAGACUAUGAAUCGGGCAUCGACCUUGAAAGUAUUAUCAGAAGCGGAAUCGCUCGUUUCCCAGAUCAGAGGGGCAAGCUUUGGGUAGGUCUAGCCACCUUCUGGAUCCGAAGAGGAAGUUUUGAACGAGCACGAGAUGCUUUCGAGCAGGGCAUCACAACUGUCAUGACAGUCCGCGACUUCGCGUUGAUAUUCGAGUCGUAUGCCGAAUUCGAAGAGUCCAUUAUCAAAGCGCUUAUGGAAAGCGCAACGAAUCGGGCCGACCUUGGAAUAGAAGAUGAGAAUGCAGACUUUGAACUGGACGUGCGAAUGAUGCGGUUCGAACAUUUGAUGGACCGACGGCCUUUUUUAGUUAACGAUGUGCUUCUUCGUCAAAACCCGAAUCUUGUCUCAGAAUGGGAGAAACGAGUGGUUCUAUGGGGGAAUAACAAACAAGAAGUCGUGCGCACAUAUGCAAAUGCUAUUGCUUCUAUACACCCCAAACGGGCCGUUGGAUCGUUUUACAAACUCUGGGCGAACUAUGCACGUUUCUAUGAGCAAGGAGGAGAUUUGAGAAACGCGCGCAUAAUCAUGGAAAAGGCAGUCAAGGUCCCCUUCAAGUCUGUGGCAGAGUUGGCUGACAUGUGGAUUGAGUGGGCAGAAAUGGAGCUUCGGAAUGAAAAGUUCGAUGAAGCCGUUCUGAUCAUGUCAAAAGCUGUCCAAGCCCCUAAGCGGUCCCCGGUCGACUACUUUGACGAAGCACUCUCAGCGCAACAGAGAGUCCAUAAAAGCUGGAAACUUUGGAGUUUCUACGUGGAUCUCGUAGAAAGUGUUUCUACUUUGAGCGAAGUAAAACGAGUCUACGAACGCAUUUUUGAACUUCGAAUCGCAACACCGCAAACGGUUGUCAACUACGCGACUCUUCUAGAGGAGCACAAGUAUUACGAAGAGUCUUUUAAGAUUUAUGAGCGGGGCUUGGACUUAUUCAGCUACCCAGUAGCCUUCGAGUUGUGGAAUCUAUACCUUACCAAAGCAGUAGACCGGAAAAUUGGUAUUGAGCGGCUUCGAGAUCUCUUCGAGCAAGCCGUCGAAGACUGUCCCCCAAAGUUUGCCAAGACCAUUUACUUGAUGUAUGGGAACUUGGAAGAGGAGCGAGGCCUGGCACGACAUGCCAUGCGGAUAUAUGAGAGAGCCACGAGGGCGGUCGGCGAUGAGGACCGCGCAGAUAUGUUCAAUUUUUACAUUACCAAGUCAGCUUCCAAUUUCGGACUGUCAUCUACUCGGCCCAUCUAUGAACGAGCCAUCUCAGCAUUGCCAGAUAUCGAAGCUAAGGAGAUGUGCCUAAAAUUUGCGGACAUGGAGAAGCGAUUGGGCGAGAUUGACAGAGCGCGUGCAAUUUAUGGGCAUGCAUCACAAUUUUGCGACCCACGAACAAAUGUCGACUUCUGGACGAGGUGGGAACAAUUUGAGGUCCAACAUGGAAAUGAAGAUACAUUCAAGGAGAUGCUGCGCAUCAAGAGGAGCGUCCAAGCGCAGUACAAUACCGAUGUCAACUUCAUCGCGUCACAGGCCCUUGCCCGGAGUCAACAGAGUGCAGAUCACCAUAGUCAACACAUCAGUGCUACUGCCGAAGUCACCGCCGAAGUCACCAAGCAAUCAUCAGCUAUGCAUGGCUUCGUGGCAGCGAGUGACGGGCCUCCAGCAGGCGUGACUGAUCAACAAGACCCACCCGCAAAUCCAGAUGCGAUUGAUAUAGAUGGCCUCGAUGACUAA